AUGAUUAUAGUGCUAUGCUCCAAUAUGUAAAUAAUAUAUUUAUAAAAGAGUGCAAUUAUUAUGGUUGUCGAUCAUGUCUUAGGAUGGAAGUUGUAUAAAUUGUCUUGACAGCUAUGUUGCUUUUAAUUCUACAAAUUGUGGUUUUAGUAAUCUUAAUUCUGACAUACAACAUGUACUUUAUGCAAUCCAGGAUUCUUUUAUAACUAAAAGGCUAAAAAAUGUAAAAGUAAUAUUUACAUAAAAUAUUGUCUAGGAAUUGUAUAAUACUUUUAAAUAAAAAAUUGUAUAUUAUUGGAUUCGUAAGGAAUUAAUUGUAUAGCUUGUUUGCCAUCCUAUGCAUUACAAUCAAAUGGCACAUGCUAAUUUUUAAAAGGAUACUGUCGUUCAAUUUGUUAUACCUGCUUGGACACAAAUCAAAAUUAUUGUACUUCUUGCAUUGCUGGAGAAGAUAAAAUUGCAUUAGAUGGUAUCUGCGUAUGUAAACCAAAAUAUGGCUUGUUAUAAUAAAUAUGCGAACCUUGCUCCACUGGUUUUCGUUUUGAUUGUUAACCAGAUGAUUUUUAUUCCUGUAUUUCAUGUAAACCAGGAUCAAAUAGAAUAGUAGUUAAUAAGGAAUAUAUUUGUUAACAAAAGCUUUACAUUGAAUGAUAAAUCGAUUUCCUUUCAUAGAAUGUGUCUUUAAUGA